AUGUACAAUAACGUGGUGCGGCCUGUGGGGUUGUUCUCGGCGAGCAACAGGAAAAGCAACGACUUUAGCUCUCUGCACUCUAGUGGUGAACACGAAGCAUUUCCCGCAACCCUCCCAUUUCACCUUCUCUCUUCCCCACCCCUACCAACCGCCUUGGCACACACCUCAAUGGAAGAGGCAAAUUUACGACGCAGCGGGGAAUUCAGCGACCUCAUGGCGCAGUCGCCGCCCGCACUUCUGCCAGCCAGCCCGCCAAAUGACCAGGAGCUUAGCCCAAAGGCUAAUUCAGUAAAGCGCACAAGAGCAGAUAUUGCGACGCCCAGGAGACCUGGCAGCGACGAGGCCAGACGCCAGGAGGAGAUGGAGUAUAUUGAGACACCUGCGCGGGCACCGCCGGCAAUGAAGCGGUUUCUGCGGUCAGAGUCGCCGACGCCCAGGAGGACGCGUCAGAUCCCGAUGCCCGAGUCGCUGUGCCGAGACGAUACGCCGCCGCCGCCGAAGCUGUCGUUUGGCGAAGAGGCCGAGUCUGUAUUUGAGGUGACACAGCGGGUCGAUUCAAUGCAGGUUGCAGCACGCGAGUCUGCACAUCAAAAUGGCUAUGAGACUGUCGAUGCAAAGCUGGUUGGCAUUGCUAAACCCGAGGUUGAACAGGCAGCGUUUGAGCGGUCAACAGAACCGGACGCCAUGGCAGGCGAGCACCAGGACUCGCAUAUGGAGGAGUUUGUGCACAGCGCAUCUCUGCCUGCCGGGGAGGCUGACGAGUCAACCCACCCAGCGCCCACAGGAGCUGUCAGGCUGUCAGACAGCGAAAAGGCUCAGGUUUCACACGCAGAAACAGUCACGACCAAGAUACUGUCGGAUGCUGAGCUCAUGACUGCUGCAUCGAUGCCGCUCCCAGACACACCGCAAACACAGGCACUGUCACCAGGCAGAACGUCGGGCGAGUUCCAGGGACAGGCCAACGGCCAUGGAUACGCCCAUGUCGGCCUCAAAACAGCCAGAGUCCAAGAGUAUGAGGAGAAGAUCCAGCGCCAGACGGAGCUGCGUGAGAUGCUCUUGCAGGCGCUGAAAGACGACUAUGCGGCCAAGGAGCGCGAGUUCGAAGCACAACUGGCUGAGGAACAAGCAAGGUUUGCUGAGGAGAUGCGGCAGCAGCGCGAGCAGGCAUCUGCCGACGCUGGUGAGCUGAUCGCAGCAGAUCAACGAGCUUCAAAGCUGCUGGAGCAAAAAGAAGCCGAGAGCAACGGACUCAGCCGCGAGCUAGGCAAGCUGACGCUCGAGCGAAACCGGCUGCAGGAGAGCCUGGACGAGGCUACAGCACGAGCCGAUGCCCUAAGCGCCGAGCGAGAUGAGACACAGAAGCGGGUUGACACGGUGAUGGCCGAGAAUCUGCGGCUCGAGGAGCUCAACACGAAUCUGCGCAACGACGUGGUGGUGGCCGAGGAGCGCAGCACCAAGUUCCGCGACAUCUACGACGAGCUGGUUCUGACACAGCAGGACUUGAAGACGGCGCGCGCGCAGUUGGCCAAGUCCGACGCCAGGUCGCGAUCGCAAUCGAUCCAGCUCGAGUCGACCAAGCGCCAGAACGCAGAGCUGCUGGAGCUGCUGGACAAGGUACAAGGCCCCUUCUGA